AGUCUGGUCUCGGCAUGCAAUAGGCAGCAUGUGUGAGUGUGAGCUGUGUUGUGUGUGUGUGGAGUAAAACGCUGCGCUGGAGACGUCUCACUGAUGCAAGGAUUCCCCCUCUUUACUCCCGGAGAGGACAUGUGCUGAGAGUGUUUUAACUACCACAGGGAAUUAACUGUUACAGAGGGAACCCUGGGACCUCCAGUCAAGGGCACACUGAGACCACCCUUUGAGGAUGUGCGGAGAAUCGUGCUAACGGCGAAAGAUGACGCCACACUGAUGUGGGGAAGCUGGUGAUGCGGCCGCACAAUUAUAGUUGAAUCAUGGGAAACGUGGAGAGUCAGAAUGGAGACAGUGGUUUCUACGGGGAUGUGACCGGACAUCUGUCCCGUAAACACACGUCCCGCUCGCUCCGCGUCUCCAGCAAGCAGCCGAUCACCCGCCGCUCGAGACACUCUUCCUCGGUGAAACAGGAACACCGAAACUCAGAGGCUUCGACUCGCUCCUCCAGCACCCCGAGCAUCCCACAAUCCUUAGCAGAGAGUGGACUCGAGCUCUUCGCAGAGACAGAUGAGUUUGGAGAGUUUGGCUUAAACCCGCACUGGACUCAACGUGUUGCCAUGACAAUGAGGCCAGAGUCCUAUCAGCACGACGACGACCCCCUGGCCACACCCACCCCGGAAACCUCAGAGGCCGACACCGUCGCUCAGGAUGGAGGAGAGGACUCAAUGGGAGAGGGGGAGGGGGAUGUUAUGGGCGAGGAACGCUACCUCCAGCGAAUGACUGACGGCUCCAGAGACGGAGGGAGCUUCAAAAAGAAGAGGUCGAAGUCGGCGGACAUGUGGAGGGAAGACAGCCUGGAGUUUUCUCUGUCAGACCUGAGCCAAGACCAUCUCACCUCCACCGAGGAGAUGGUUGAUGGAGGAGAGGAGGAGGAGGAGGAGGAAGAGGAGCAGUUCACAUGCCCCAGAGGCAGCACAGGCUCAGCCGAAAGGGCAUCGUCUCUGGACCAUCUGUGCAGCCAGCAGAGCCCCGGCCUCAGGGGGCAGAGGAGCCGCUACGCUAAAAAUCGCAGAGAAACUGAGUGCGAUGGAGACGCGGAAGGGGAGGAGGGACUGAUGUCUCCUGCCGAGGAGGAUGGCAGCGGGUACGGAGCCUUCACUCUCCCCUGCAGGCGCUCGCACUGCCUCUCCGAGGGCCUGGCGGGACUCGGUAUCCCGGCCCCACCGUGCCCUGCCUUCCAGGGACGACGUGCACAGACUACUCAGGACAUCUCUGGUGUUCUGUGCGAGGGCAGCGAGUACGGUGACAGCGGGAUCGAUGGCGUCACUGCAGAGAUUGACGGCGACGGCGAAUUGGUGUCCCGGCGGUGCAAGGCCAUGUCGGCCUCUUUCUCGGUGUACUCGGCCACCGAGAGCAGCGUCUUUAACGGGAGCGACAGCGGGAGCAGCAGCACGGGGGGUGGAGACGGACGAGGUGGCGAAGGAUGCAGGGGAGGAGUGUAUGAAAAUUUCCGAAAGGAGCUCGACAAUCAAGCCUGGACAAAUCAGGGGCGUGACUGCAGGGAGGAGGCUUCUUCUGCCGUGAGCGACGAGCAGAGCAGCGGCACACUCAGCAGCGCGUAUCCCUCCGACACUGUGAUUGGCUGUGCUCAAGGCACAGUCCGGAAGGCUGGGGCUCUGGCUGUGAAGAACUUCCUGGUCCAUAAGAAGAACAAGAAAGUAGAGCCAGCAACGAAGCGCAAGUGGAAACAAUACUGGGUUUCAUUAAAAGGCUGCACCCUCUUUUUGUACGAGUCAGACGGUCGUUCAUGUAUUGACCAAAACAGCAUCCCUAAACACGCGCUGUGGGUGGAGAACAGCAUCGUCCAAGCCGUACCUGAACACCCCAAAAAAGACUUUGUCUUCUGCCUCAGCAACUCGGUGGGAGAUGCUUUUCUCUUCCAGACAUCAGGUCAAACGGAACUGGAGAACUGGAUCACGGCGAUCCACUCGGCGUGCGCGGCUGCUCUCGCCAGACAGCACCACAGGGACGACACCGUGCGACUGCUGCGAACCGAGAUCCGCAAGCUGGAGCAGAAGAUCGACAUGGAUGAGAAGAUGAAGAAAAUGGGAGACAUGCAGCUGUCCACUGUGACUGAUGCCAAGAAGAGAAAAACCAUUCUCGAGCAGAUUUUCUUGUGGGAGCAGAAUUUGGAGCGAUUCCACAUGGAUCUCUUCCGCUGCCGAUGCUACCUGGCCAGCCUGCAGGGUGGCGAGCCCCCGAAUCCCAAACGCCUCCUGGGCUUUGCUUCACGUCCCACCAAGCUCGUCAUGGGCCGACUGGGCAUCUUCUCCGUUUCUUCAUUUCAUGCACUGGUGUCUGCCCGCACGGAAAGCACUGUCAGGAGGCGAAACCAGGCCAUGCCUCGUACCUUCAGUAAACGCCGAAGCCGUUUCUCCUCCCUCUGGGGCCUGGACACUACCUCCAAGAGGAAGACCAAGGGACACCCUUCAAUUGAUCAGGUGUUCGUGGACGGGCUGGAGCCGGUCAGGAAGCCUCUGGAGCGCAUGUUCGAGGACUCCACCAGUGAAAAAUCUAAGGAGCGAGAAGGCUCGGUGAAAAGUGCUGCUCCGCAAAAUGUAGACAGUGAUAUUUGGGUUCCUGAUUACCUGAAGCCGUCCUGGGUGUGUCUACCAAACAACCAGCCCGUCCUGGCCAUCAUACAGCCCGGCGACACGGCGCUGGAAGUCCUGAGCACCGUCUGCAAGGCACAUAACAUCGAUCCUUCUUGCCAUUACCUGCGAUUGAAAGUGUGUGUUGAAAACCAGAUUCUGUUCUACGUUCCCAAAUUUGAAGAGGAUAUUUCCGACCUGCUUUACAAAGAGGUCGAGAUUUGUCCCAAAGCUACCAAGGUGAUCCUGUUUGACAAAACCGAGUCCUGCGCCAUUGGAUAUGGGUUUUCUGUGGCCGUCAUCGAUGAGGAGGGGGUGCAGCAGCUCCAUGUGACUGAAGUGAAAGGAGGAGGACUGGCUUCAGCUAAAGGAUUAAAAGUUGGGGAUGAGAUUCUGUUACUUAACGGUAAACCUGCAUCUGCUCUUCAAAUGGAUGAUUUGAGGGCUGCAUUUGUGAACCAAUCGCUGACCUUGAGCCUGAGCACGCUGCCCCAGCUGGAUCCUCUGCUGCUUUGCUCCCUUCCACCCCGGCGGGCCGACGGGGACCAGGACCAAACCACAGACAUCUUCUCUCAGAGCCAAGAGGACAUCCUGGACGAGGUGUCUGGUUUGACACUGGAGAGCCCCGAUGAAAGUUUAGAGGAAAGACAUCACCGGAUCCUGCAGAGCCCUGGAGACCAUCAGGAAGAAAAAACCUUCACAGGCGCUGGACAGAAGAGUACGGAGCAGGUCGCUGCUUUCUGCCGCAGUCUCCAUGACAUGAAUCCCCUGGAGUGCCCCAUGUCGUCCUCGUCCUCGUCUUCCUCGUCGUCCCUCUCCCCGAGCCCCGUGUCGGCGUUGCCGCCCACAGGUGGCGCCGCGGCCCAACGGCAGCUGUCCCACGCCGACAAACUGCGCAAGGUCAUAAGUGAACUGGUGGAGACGGAGAAGACUUACGUCAAAGACUUGAGCUUCCUAAUAGAGCGCUACUUAACGCCGCUGCAGAAAGAGAGCUUCCUCACACAAGAUGAGCUGGAUGUUUUGUUCGGUAACCUCGGGGAGAUGGUGGAGUUCCAGGUGGAAUUUCUCCGGACGCUGGAGGAUGGGCUCCGGCUGGUGCCGGAUCUGGACCGACUGGAGAGGGUGGAGCAGUUUAAGAAAGUGCUCUUCUCCCUGGGCGGUUCGUUCCUGUAUUAUGCCGAUCGCUUCAAGAUCUACAGCGCCUUCUGUGCCAGUCACACCAAGGUCCCGAAGGUCUUGGCAAAAGCCAAGACUGACCCAGAUUUCAAGGCGUUCCUGGCUGAGAGAAACCCCAGACAGCAGCAUUCAUCCACUCUGGAGUCGUACCUCAUCAAACCCAUUCAGAGGGUCCUGAAGUACCCCCUGCUGCUGAGGGAGCUCUACUCCCUCACCGACCCCGACAGCGAGGAGCACUACCACCUCAACGUUGCCGUGAAUGCCAUGAACAAAGUUGCAAGUCACAUCAAUGAGAUGCAGAAGCUUCAUGAGGAAUACGGAGCGGUUUUUGAUCAGCUCAUCAAUGAGCAGACCGCAGUGAAGAAAGAGGUAGCGGACCUCUCAAUGGGCGAUCUUUUACUGCACUCCACAGUGGUGUGGAUCAAUCCUCCAGCCUCGUUGGUCAAAAACAAAAAGGACCCUGAUUUAGCAGCUUUUGUGUUCAAAACAGCAGUCGUAUUUGUGCACAAAAGCUGUUCCAAGCACAGAAAGAAAAUCGGUGCAUCGCAUCGAGUCUCAGUGAGUGACGACAAAGAUCCUUUUCGUUUUCGCCACAUGAUCGCAACUGACUGUCUGCAAGUCCGCGCUCUUCCCAACUCUGAGGGCACAGCGGUUUGUGAAAUCGUCCACACCAGGUCAGAAUCUGAGGGAAGGCCAGAGCGAACCUUCCAGCUGUGUUGCAGUUCUCCAGAAAGUAAAAAGGACUUUUUGAAAGCGGUCCACUCCAUCCUGAGGGAGAAGCAACGCCGGCAGCUUCUCAAGACGGAGUCUCUGCCCCCCAACCAGCAGUACGUCCCAUUUGGUGGGAAACGCCUGUGUGCCCUGAAAGGAGUCCGGCCUGGUAUGAACAGAGCAGCGUCGGCUCCGUCUCGAACGCUGUCCCGCAGGAAGCUGGUGAAAAACCGUAUUACCAUCGACACUGACCUGGUUUUCCACGGCAACAACAACAACAGCAACGACACCAACCCUUCCAGGCAUCAUUCCUCCAAUGCGCUGCUCUCCCAGCAUGCCCCUCUUCAGUCCGACAAGUCUCAGGGAGAGGACACGGACCGCUGGGUGGAGGAGCAGUUCAACCUGGGCUGCUACGAAGAGCAGUGCGACGGCAUCGACUUGGGACAGGUGAAGGAGACGGACAUACUGAGCGAUGAUGAUGAGUACUGCAAGUCUGUGCGGGCUGCGUCGGCCAGGCCAGCGGCUCUGGAGACGGAGAUGGAUGGACUGCGCCUGCAGGGCAGAGAGGGCGGCCUGAACGACCGGGCGAUGCAGGAGGAAGCCGACCGGAUAAGACACGGAGACGACUCCAGCUCCAUCGACUCUUUCGCGUCCUGCGGCGUCUCCGCCUCGCAGUGUGCCGGCUCCUCCUUAAAGCUCGCCCCGCUGAAGCAGUGUGCUGUGGAGGGGGUCACGAAUCAGGACCACGACGCAAUCUGGGUGCGGCGGGACGACUUCGCCAACGGCUGCAACGGCAACGUCUUCUGAGGCGGGAAAAUUGGAGCGAGAGAUUAAGAAAAAGACAAAACAGGAAUGCGAAAGCAGGCGGGACAUCGUGGAUACAAGCUUUAAGCAAGGAGGAUUUGGAGAGCAAGAAUAAAAGGUGUUAAAUCUCAGACAGCCCUCCCUGUUACCACCCACAAUCCUCUUCUUCCACCUCACCUGCAUCCUCACUUUUCAGACAAUCCUGAACUUCCUAAGCACCCAGUUAAAUAAAGAGAAAUAACCUGCAACUGACUUCAGUGAAUAUAUUUUGUGUGACCAAGAGACACUCAUUCUUAAAAACAGAGCCUGAAAGGACAUGCACCCAGGACACACACACACUUGUUACACACGAACAAAAAGUCACUGCAUGUACAGUGUGUGUGUGUGCGUGUGUGUGUGUGUGUCACAAAAGCACAGAGUCACGGCAGCUACUGCACCACACGCUCACUGUACUGAAGAGACGUCGUCACCGACCUGUGACCUUUUGGCCAAAUGAUCUAUUUUUCAACACAGGAAUGUGGGUGUUAUAUUUUUCUGACUCUGAGACUGUGUUUGUAUUUUGAACACUUAAGGGCUGCGUGUUACUGAACUUCUCUUCAGGGGCUUUUUGGCUGAAUGACUGCUGAGUCACACGGUGAGAUCCACCUCGCUUUAUUGUGCUUCUUAUUGUUUUAACUUAAUACGAGCUGCACACAGUCAGGUGUACAGCACAGCGCUGUUAAAGAACAAAAUAAUCUCACCGUUUCUUCUUUUUUAUAUCCUUUUGAAAACAAAGUUUGGACAGCAGAGAGUCCGUGUGUUCUUUAUUUAAGCAUUGCCUUUUUAAAAAAAGAUACUGUCAGUUUUAAUGUUUACACCUUGUUUGACUGCCUAGUGUGAUAUGAACUGCUUUUUGUGUGUCUGGUGUCAGAGACGGGCUUGAGAGAGCCAUCACUUCUGCCCUUCACAUGAAUGUUCACGCUUUCAUUUUGUUGUUUCAAUAAAAUGUCAUUUUUA